GAGACGUACGCCCAUGGAGCCCAUGACACUUGUACCCAUGGCAACGCUGUGGCCCGAAAACAGCACUGCGUCACCAACUUCUGCAGAAUGGGAGCUCGUCCACGCCAUCAUUCCCCCGUACAUCUUCACCAUAUCCCUGCUGGGCCUCCUCUUUAACAGCUUCGUCCUCGGGGUGUACUUCAUCCACAUGGAUCGACUGACUGUAGCCGAGAUCUACCUGAGCAACCUGGCGCUGGCCGACUUCAUUCUCCUGUGCGGCCUCCCCUUCUGGGCGAUGUACAUCAUCAACGACUUCAACUGGCUGUACGGCGAUGCAUCCUGCAAACUGGUCAACUCCAUCAUCAUCAUUAAUUUCUACACCAGCAUCUACACUCUGGUUAUGAUUAGCGUUGACCGCUACCUCGCACUUGUGAAGCCAAUGAAGGCCAGGUGGCUGAGACGGACACUCUAUGCCAAGGUGAUCUGCUUUAGCCUGUGGAUAUUAGCCGUCGUACUGAGCACGCCGAUACUUGUUCACAGAAAGGUGAAGUUCAUCGAGGAGUUUGAGACAACAUCCUGCAUACUGGAUUACAGUCACGAGAGCUCCUGGAAGUUGGCCCAUCAGAUGUUGAUGAAUGUGGUGGGCUUUGUUCUCCCUGUUCUGGUAAUUGUUUUCAGCAGUGGGAACAUAAUCAAAGCUUUAGGUCAGAGGAAGGACAGCAUUGCUUUUAAUGACACCAAAGACACAAAAGCCACAGUGCUGAUGUACGCUGUCACAAUACUGUUUUUACUGUGCUGGGGUCCCUUCCAGAUCUUUACCUUCCUCGACACACUCUGUGAUAUUAAAGUGCUGGAUGAGAAGCUGUGGUUCCACACACUCGACAUAGGAGGUCAGGUCUCAGCGUAUCUGGCCUUUCUCAACAGCGCCCUGAACCCACUGCUGUAUGUCUACUCAGGGCAGUAUUUUAGGAGGAAAGUUAGCGCCAUCUACAGGAGGACUAGACAUCCACGCAGAGGAUCAGACAUGACCACAUUUCAACGCUCCGUUGUGUCCACUUACAUUAACAGAACGGAGCAAAUUAAGACUGUGGUGAUUUUUAAUGCAAAGGAUCAGAUGUGACAUGACAUCCUCCAUUUCCGUCGCUGCAUAUAGGAAAUGCAUACAGGAUAUGAGGAUAAGUCAUCAUUUCAUGGGACUUAACACAAUAAUAAUGCUGUUACAUUGUUAAACAGCACUAUGAAAGGAUUUUUUAUACUGUGCUGUGCAGAAAUAAUGGACAUUGCUAGAGAUAAUGGCUGUAAUAUGUACAAGAAAUGAAAGCAGAUUUUAUGUUUACAGUCACCAUAAAGACACUUUUGUCUUUGUCUGCAGACACAGUGUGUAUGUGUCUCAGACAGGCAACUUCACAAGACAUGUUACACUCUGCAGGCUAACUGGAGACACUUUGUGUACAUUGACAUGCAUAGUUUCCUUAUACAGUGUACCUUUGCGUGUAGAAUAAAUAUUUAUCCAGGGCUGGAUACAUCGUUAUGCAAGAUUCCCUUUAGUAUCAACACUCAUGAAUUAAGCUAUUUCUGUGUAUUACUGGAAUAAUGUGUGUAAUCAGUUCAAUGGAAAUCCUUAAG